AGGGUCUCAGCUCCGUCCGCCGGCCCUGUCCCUGUCUCCGUCGUUUAGUCGUCCUCUCCCGCUUUAGUCAUGGUGCGCACUAAAGCCGACUGCAUGCCAGGCUCUUACCGCAAAGUGGUGGCGGCUCGAGCGCCCCGGAAGGCGCUGGGUCACUCCAGCUUCGCCAACGCCUCUCCUUCGCCUCCGUCCCGGAAAGUUGAAAGUAAGUAUGCAGGUGGAAACCCGGUAUGUGUACGGCCAACACCCACAUGGCAAAAAGGAAUUGGAGAAUUCUUUGGGAUGUCAUCUAAACACUCAGGAAAAGAGAAUCAAAUUCCUGAUGAAGCAGAGGCAGGAAGUAGCGGCCUAGGAAAACCUAAAAGAAAAUCUCGUCCUUUGCAGCUUGAUCCUACAGAAAAUGAUGGAUUUCCGGAUGAAGAAUAGAACAUUCUCUCUUUGCUUUCAUCAGGAUUCUAGCAUGUACAUUGGUGUAAAUAUGUUUGUUUACAAUGGUUAGGCUUUAAUUUGGUUGUACAGAAAUUUAAUUAAAAAUACUAAAAAAAAUCUACUCAAAUUCAGUCAGUAGUAAGUUCUGAAUGGGAGACUGUAAGAUUAUUAUAUGCAUAUAUAAAUAACAUAGCCAUCAAUAUU